AUGCUUCAACAAUCGCCACAUUUGAACUCAUACAUGAUACCGAGUUUGAAUAAUAGUCACCACGGCCACCGCCAAGCUCCUCAUAUGAAUUUGGCUGCUGCUGCUGCUGCUGCUGCUGCCGCUGCCGUUACUGCCGCUCAACCACCACCACCACCUCCUCCUCCUCCUCCCAUGCAUCUUCCCAAUGAAAGUCCUUACCAGGCUAACCGAUUUUAUGCUCAACAGAAUCAAAUGCAGCAACAACAAAUACAACUAGCACAACAACAACAACAACAACAACAGCAGCAGCAGCAGCAGUUGAAGUUGGCCGCAGCUGCUGCCAAGCAAGAGGAAGCUCAGCCUACGCCAAAGAGGAAAAGAGGUAGACCUCCAAAGAAAAACUCGUUUGCUGAAAAAAUUACAAACACCAUCAACAUCAAUGUCAACACAUCUCCUUUGCAUGCCAGUCCUGCAGAAUCAAACUCAAGAACUGCGGCAAGACAAGGCGCACCCAACGUCUUCACCCCGUUGAUGAGAGUAAGUCCUACAACUUCUUUCUCCUCCUCUUCCAUCAAAUCGGCUAGAAGAAGAAGAAAAAACUCGUCUGCUUCAACGAUAUCAAAUCCAUCACCCGUGGCAAUGUUGAAGAAAUCGAAAUCUUUCACUCAUCAUGCUGAUGCAUCUGCUACAACCACCACCACCACCACCACCACCACUUCAUUGGCCUCAGCAACAUUGGUGACUCCAUUAACUUCGCAAAGCCGGUACUUUCCCUCCGAUUCCAACUCUUAUCAAUUCAAUAAAAAGACAUUGGACAACAUGUCGAUGAUUACCCAAUCCCUGGCAUUUUACAACACACCUCCUACGGGUGCAGCUUCAGGCCCAGGAUCAAGUGGUCAUGGAAGAAGCCAGAGUUAUACUCCUCAUUUCAACUCCAACAUGACCUUGGCUGAGCAAAAAAACCCACCGGCACCAACCAUUUCAUCCUCGGCAUCGUCUCAGUUGAGUUCGCCACAAAGGUUGAAGUCGAUCCAAAAUCUAUUACCACCAGUGUCCUUAUCGUCAUUAUCCUCGAAUGACAUGGCAAAUGAUAUGCAGUGGCACACCCAUGCUCAAGUGGAAGAGCCUCAUCAAAAGAAGAGGAAAAGCAGCUUGGAUGGGUUAAAGUCUAAAUCGGCACCAAUCACGAGAAAACCUUCGCGGGAUUUCUCAUUGAAUUUGACUGUUGACGCACUGGGUAAAGCUGUGUUUUCAACAAACAUUUUCGAUACCGAAGAAGCAGAGCCUGCACCCAAAACUGUUGUUGACCAUGAUGAUGAUAAUGAUGAUCUUCACCAUCACCAUCAAAGUGAGCAUGAGCUUGGUUCAAAUAUAGAGGUAAACGUUUUGGAGGUGCCUGUAAAGAAUUUUAAACCUACAAUUGCCAGGACUCACUCGGUGACAGAUGUGGAAAAUAUCAGCCAUGUCACACCACGGGCUCCACUCAGAAGACACAAUUCCGAUGUAACCAGUUUCGCCACCCAUCAGAAACUCGAAUCUAGUCAACAUCAACAUCAACAGCAACGUCAACCUCCGAAUCAACAUCAAAACCUGCUUGCUUCGAUCAAUGAGAUCUUGCCAAGCAUCAACAACUCGGCAACACCUGUUGCUCACCCUGUUCAGCAACAGCCUCCAUUUUUGCACCUCCCACCGCAAACUCCAAAGAGCAACCAAUACAACUCCAGCCUCUUGUCCACUUUUUCCACCGGCCUCACUCCCAUGUUCAACUUGACGCCGAGCUUCAACUCGAUGAUGAACUCGGUAAUGAGCAUAAACUCACCCCAGUAUAGGAAAUUUGGAACUCCUAGUCUCCUUGGUGGCGCAGGUGGCCAUUUCAACAAUGCCGCUAUGAUGAACCCGUUUUUGAUGAAUCAGGAAAUCUUCACCGGCGAGCAACAAACUCCAUAUAGCAAGUCGUCGUCGCUGGUGUUCUCCAUGCACCAAUCACCUACACCAAGACAAAGACAUCUUCACCAUCACCACCACAACCUGGAGUCUUUACCAAACUCGGGCAAUCGUGAAUUCAUCCCUUUGCAACAGCAUCAUCAUCAUCAAAUGGAAACUCUCACUGAGCAAAUCGUGCAGCAGUCACCAUUACCUCAGCAAGAGCAUCAGCCACAACAGCACCAAUCUCCUCAUCAACCACUGGAAGUUGAAGCUGAGCAACAGCAGCAGCAGUAUCAAGCAAACGAUGAACAUGCUUCAGUGAUUUUGAAUGACAUGAGGACAGAGACAAAAGAACAUGUCGAAUCACAAGACUCUUGUCUUCCAUCUCCUCCGUCUUCAUUGGGAGACGAAUCCGGCGAUGCAAGGUUGGCGUUGAAGAAAGUCAUGCAUGUCCGCAGAUAG